CCCCGGAAGUUUAGAAGCUCCGCGAGCUGUCACCGGGAUCGGCGGCGGCGUGGCGGCGGCACCGCGCCCGUAGUGGAGCCGCUGAGGAGGGUCGUGCAGCACAAUGCCAGCUCUGCCCCUGGACCAACUCCAGAUCACCCACAAGGACCCGAAGACAGGAAAGCCGAGGACUUCACCAGCGCUGCACCCCGAGCAGAAGGCAGACCGGUAUUUUGUGUUAUACAAACCGCCCCCUAAAGACAACAUCCCCGCCCUAGUGGAGGAGUACCUGGAGCGCGCCACCUUCGUAGCCAAUGACCUCGACUGGCUCCUGGCCUUGCCUCACGAUAAAUUCUGGUGCCAGGUCAUCUUCGAUGAGACUCUGCAGAAGUGCCUGGACUCCUACUUGCACUAUGUGCCCCGAAAGUUCGACGAGUGGGUGGCCCCCACCCCUGAGGUUGCAGAUAUGCAGAAGCACCUACACCGAAGCAUUUUCCUCACCUUCCUCCGCAUGUCCACUCACAAGGAAUCCAAAGAUCACUUCAUUUCCCCCUCUGCAUUUGGAGAAAUCCUCUACAAUAACUUCCUGUUCGACAUCCCAAAGAUCCUGGACCUCUGUGUGCUCUUUGGAAAAGGCAACUCACCACUACUCCAGAAGAUGAUAGGAAACAUCUUCACCCAGCAACCAAGUUAUUAUAAUGACCUGGAUGAAACCAUGCCCACCAUCCUUCAGGUCUUUAGCAAUAUCCUCCAGCAUUGUGGAUUGCAAGGGGAUGCAGGCAGCACCACACCCCAGAAGCUGGAGGAGAAAGGGCGCUUGAUACUCAGUGACAUGCCUCUCCUGGAGCUAAAGGAUGUUAUUCUCUACCUGUGUGAUACCUGCACAACACUCUGGGCCUUUCUGGAUAUCUUCCCUUUGGCUUGUCAGACCUUCCAGAAACAUGACUUCUGUUCCAGACUAGCAUCUUUUUAUGAAGUGGCAAUUCCUGAAUUAGAGUCCGCGGUCAAGAAGAGGAGGCUUGAAGACAGCAAGUUGCUAAGCGAUCUGUGGCAGAGGCUCUCCCAUUCCAAGAAGAAGCUACUGGAGGUGUUUCACAUCAUCCUGAACCACAUCUGCCUUCUUCCCAUCCUAGAAAGCAGCUGUGACAGUGUUCAGGGCUUCAUUGAGGAGUUCCUUCAGAUCUUCACCUCCGUGCUGCAGGAAAAGAGGUUCCUCCGGGACUAUGAUGCACUCUUCCCUGUGGCCGAGGAUGUCAGCUUGCUACAACAGGCCUCGUCGGUCUUGGAUGAGACACGGACUGCCUACAUUCUCCAGGCUGUGGAGAGUGCAUGGGAAGGGGUGGACAGACGGAAAGCCACAGAUGCUAAAGACACAUCAGUGGCUGACAAUCCUACUAGAGCUUUGAAUGGGGUUCCAGUGACAGCACAAAUGCCAUCACAUCCAGAGAACCUGGAAGAAGCGGAGUGCAUGGGAGCAGCCGCAGCCCCUGGCCCUGCAGUGUGUGGUGUGGAGCUGGACUCUCUCAUCUCUCAAGUGAAGGACCUGUUGCCAGACCUAGGGGAGGGCUUUAUUCUGGCUUGCCUGGAGCACUAUUGUUAUGACCCGGAGCAGGUGAUCAACAACAUCUUGGAGGAUCGCCUGGCCCCCGUCCUCUGCCAGCUGGACCGCAGCCUAGACAGACAGGUGAAGCCAGACCCCACACCUCUGCUGGCAUCUCGUCACAAUGUCUUCCAGAAUGAUGAGUUUGAUGUGUUCAGCAGAGAUUCAGUGGACUUGAACCGGAUUCAUAAGGGCAGAAGGAAGGAGGAGAACACAAGGAGCCUGGUGAAUGACAAGCGGGAGGUGGUGGCCCAGCGGCAGCGCUACGAGCAGUACAGCGUGGUAGUGGAGGAGGUCCCACUGCAGCCAGGAGAGUACCGCGGCGACGACUAUGAGGAUGAGUAUGAUGACACCUAUGAUGGCAACCAGAUUGGUGCCAAUGAUGCAGACUCAGAUGACGAGCUCAUCAGCCGCAGACCCUUCACCAUCCCUCAGAUACUGAGAACCAAAGUGCCCGGAGAAGGGCAGGAGAAAGAGGAUGAUGCGGAAGAGGAGGAAGCUGAAGACGAUGCUCCCAAGCCUGACCACUUCGUGCAGGACCCUGCGGUGCUGAGGGAGAAGGCAGAAGCCAGGCGCAUGACCUUCCUCGCCAGGAAGGGGUACCGGCAUGACAGCUCAGCAGCAGUGGCUGGUGGUCCCCGAGGCCACGGGCAGAGUCGGGAGACCACACAGGAACGCAGGAAGAAGGAAGCCAACAAGGCAACCAGAGCCAACCAUAACCGGAGAACCAUGGCUGACCGCAAGAGAAACAAGGGCAUGAUCCCUUCCUGAGGCGCCUUCUCCAGGCUCAACUCCACCCUCAACCUCAGCCGUGCAGCCCCUAGAAGGCCACCUCAGCGUCCACCAGCCAGCCAUGAGCGCCUUCUUACAGACACACAGUGCCUUAUCCAUCCACGGACGAGCCAGGCUGCCCAGCCAUGCUGGCAGGAGACCGACAGGGACAGAGCCACGAGGCGGCACGCCAGAGCAGCACCGCGCCACUCCCCUUCCUUCCUGGACAGCAGGGAGCUGCGAAUAAAGUCGCUUAACCCUUUUCCAGCAAUGGCCCCUGGCCCCUGUGGCCCUCUUUGUGUCAUUCUUCGGUGACGGUGCCAGCUAGAGGACAGAGGGCACGAUGGUCCCCAGGCUUGUGCCAGCUUGCUGUCUGCAAUGUUUCCUCAUGUCACCCUGCCUUGCUGCGGGACUCGGUUGGUGCAAGGCGGUGGAAGGAGGUGUGGGUGUGAGCUCUGCGCGCCUUUCUCUCCGCUCCUCCCAUCCUCGUGGCUUCUGCCCCGGAAGUUGCUACUCCUUUCAGCCCUGUCUUAGAGAUGAGUGAGGCACAGAGGGCUGAAGGUGCUACCAGGCCCAGCCAGGAAGGAGCAGAGCCAGGCUUGGAUUCUCAGUCUACCCUCUGGCUUUCCCAAGUUCUAGAACCCUAUCACCUCCAUCAGGCAGCUGGCCCAAGGACACUUGGCCAGUGGCAGAGCCGGGACCAGAACUCAAUGCCUCACGGUCAUACAUGAUCAUGAUGGGGUGACUUCCCCAAAUGGAGAGGCGGGAAGCCCUCACAUGCAGCGAGGAUGCCGUGGCCGCGCCCUGUGAGAGUGGGCAGGACUCGCACUGGUCCCAAAGCCCCCUGGCAGCCCCGGCCAGCAGUUUCAGAACUGGGAGGGUCUGGGCCUAGGCCCGGCUGGACCCUGCCAAGUCACCCUGGAUGUAAGCACCAUUAUUUGCACAUGGUUAGGAUGAGCACAUGAGGCAGAUGAACUUGAUGGAUUGGUUCUGUUAGGCCAACUGCACAAGUGAAAAAUCAAUAGCCCUCCCUCUGUGGCUCACAGUUGUCAGUGUGUUGGAGAUGCAGAGCAGGUAGUUGCGGGGAGGGGGGGAGGGGGAGUCCUCCCUGUAAGCUGCCAAGUGAGCAGAGACCAGGCCUAAUUGCCUGGUAGACGCUCUAACCACUCACCCAGCUGAGUGACAGGGACCCAUUCUGUCUCCCCCCACCCCACCCCUCGCAAAGCUCCCCAAACCCAGCUCAUGUCCUGGAGCCCCAGCACCCACACACCUUCACUUGGCGAUCUACCUAGAAUAGCAUCAGGGUUCCCAUGAGCCUCCUGGACUAAAAGGACAGGACCUGACCACGUUUCAAAAUGUGGUCAUGGCCAGGUCAAGGUUCAUCUCCCUUGAGGAGCUGCUGCUCUUCCCUUUCCCCUCUGGGUGGCGUCUUCCAGAAGGCUUUGGAAAUAGUGCGGGGCAAGUGGGGUAGUGCUGUCAGAUGUGCCCUUUCCCUCCCAGCCUCGGUCCUCCUGCCUGCAGUGUAAGCGCCUUUGAGCAGAUGAGAUCCACAGGGAAGACCCUUCGUUGAGGCUAAACAGCUCAAGACAGUUCCAAGUGUGCAUUUAGCCACAGACACCCCCGCCCCCCCCACACACUGCUGCUUCCAGGCAGGGAUUCACUAAGUGCCUUCCCUGGGCCCUGGCAGAGAUCACCAGUGUCAGCACCAAUGUCUCUGGGGAAAACCUCGUGCCUCGGAGAGGGUUUAGGACCAACCGUCCUUGUUCUAGUCUAUGAGAGGUAGCGGUGGAGGUUCAGGAGUUGGGACAGCGCUUCUGUGCCCUUGUGAGUGGUGCAGAGCUGAUCUUUUUAAACAUUAUCAAUAAAGGGACCCAGAAGCCCAGCACAAGUUAGUGGCAAAACGUGGGUGUGACCUUCCCAAGCUGCCUCCUUCCUGAAAGAGCUGGAGGGAGGUCCCAGGCGUCACUGUCACACCACGCAUGGGGAGCAGUGUUAAAGAAGCCACAGCAAACAUCGUUGAAAAUGACAUCAAGAAUGACAUAGUAGCAACAUGGGAAAUAAAUGGCCAAGAAUUUGUGUGA